UUUGUGUUCAGUCAUUAUUCGAACUAGAAAGAGUGGAGCCGAGUUAAAAUGAAGUUGUUGGUGCUGUUGUGUUGUGGCAUUAUAUUCAAUCUUGUUGGACCUUCGGAAGGGGCCAGCUAUGAAGUGAAGCUAGCAAUCAGGAAUAUUACGGCUCGUUUAGAAAAGAUCAAGGCAACGGCAGAAGGCUUGUACACAUUGGAAGAUUGGCUUAAGGGAAACCGAGUAGAAAGGUUAAAAAAAGUUUCCGAUGAAGAUCAUCUUCCAGAAGAAAUGAAAACUCUCAUUGACCAAGUCAUUGUCAAAAUCGAUGAGACAAAUAGUAUUAAGAGUAACACUGAAGACCAUUUAAAAGCGAAAUUCCAGGAAUUUCGAAGUGGACGAAAUGAAGAGGAACACAUGGUCACACUAUUUGAAAAUGAAAUUACAGGUGUAGAUCUCGAAGAAAAAUCCAUUAAAACGUUAACCAAAUUGAUGGUGUAUCUGUAUCGAGUGCACAAAGAAUAUCGAGCUUAUGAUAAAUUGAAAAAACAAUUGGAAAAAAAAUUUGUGGACAAAAUUUUCAAAAAUACAUUUUUCAGUAAUAAAUUGCGUGGAGUUAACAACGGCAUCAGAGAUCUUGCCAAACUCGCUGAAAGGGAUCCAAUAAAACAAACCAAUAGAAGAGUUCGAAAAAUAACGACCAAAACGCAAAAAAAGGUGAUAAAACCAUUGGAAUACGUUAUUAGUAGUAAGGAGAGGGAUCUUAUGCUCAGCCAACUCAAAGAUCAAAAUGAAAAAAAUUAUCGAACAUUUCUUGAUAAACAAGAUAUAACUUUGAAAAAAGUCACAACUUUGUUGAAGGGAUAGAAAAUCAAACCCAAUAAUGUCUCUUGAUGGAUUUUCUCACAAACAACUUUGUGAUAUUUGUUGUGUUCAAAUGAAAAUUGAAAUAAAUUUCACAAAUCACUGCA